AUGGAAAAACCUCCUCCGCGCGUGAUUCUGAAGCGCGGACGCGCAGCCCUGUUCGCGUCCGCAAGCCCCGCGCCCCUGGUGUUCUCAGGCGCUGUGGACUGUGUGCUGGGGCGGCCCCCCCCCAAGGCAGGCGACCUCGUGGUGCUGGCCGCGCGCAGGGGGGAGCAGGCGCGCCCAGGGGCGAAGGGGGAGGGAGAUGCGGAAGGGGGAGGCGAAGAAGGGUCGGAUGGAGGGGGAGGGGCGUCGGGGGAGUGGUCGCGGGGAGCGGCGGUGGCGUGGGGGGUGUUCAACCCCACGUCCAUGUACCGCGUGCGCAUCAUGCAGACCCUCUCAGACGCGCACAGGUCAUGCUCACGCGCUGAUAAUGGGCAAGAGGAUCAGAGGGACGGCGAGUGCCAGAGUGAAUUGCUGUUCGUGCUUCUUCCGUCCAUGUGCUCUCCUCCACCACCCUUGUCUCGUCUCUUCCUGCUUUAUAAAGUAUCUUCUCUUUCUACUCAACAUCCCUGUGCUGCUGGUUGCUUGCGCAUCACAGCUAGCGCGCAGGGUGUGGACAGCACAGAAAGGAGCACACAAGGGGCUACAGUAGAGGCCACAGGAUGGGGCACGAAUGCGUUCCGGCUCGUGAACAGUGAAGGGGACAGGCUGUCGGGGCUGAUAGUGGACGUGUACGGGGAGCGCAUGGUGGUGGCGUCGUCUGCAGCGUGGGUGGAAUCCCACCGCCCUGCCAUCGUGCACGCACUCUCCCACCUGCUGCCCGCUGCAGCCGCACACACACAGGGAUGCGUGGACGGGGUUGGUGAUGGGGGAGUGGGGAAGGAGGGGCAAGGGCCUGGUGAGUCGGAGGGGCAUGAGAGGAUUGUUUGGAGGCGGUCUGUUGAGAUGCUCAAGGAGGAAGGAGUGGUGGUGCAAGGGGGAGAGGGGGGCGGGAGGACAGAGAACGGUGGGGAGAAGCUGGCAGAUGGGGAGGCGUUUGGAGGUUUGGAAAGUGCAGAGGUGGAGGAGGUGGAUGAGAUGGCUGAUGGCAGCGAUAGCGGCGAAGAAGAAAGGUUGGAGAGAGGGGGAACGUUAGCAGCGGGUGCUGACCAGGAGGAAGCGGCAACAAUAGCAGCUGACCUACCAGCACAACCACCACUCUUAGAAGCCGUGUCCGAGGCUCCCUCUGAUAGUGACAGGGUGAAGGUGAUGGAGAAUGGAGUGCUGUUCUGGGUGGCCAUGGCGAGCGGGCAGAAGACGGGCUUUUACUCGGACCAGCGGGACAGCCGCCUGCUGCUGCGCUCCCUCGUCGCCUCCUCACUGCUUCCCCCUGGAAGCAGCUCUGCACACACUGAUGCUCGUGAUGUCACUGCCGCCAGCGGUGGUGACGGCAGCAGUCAAACGCAGACUCACGACCUGCCAUCAUCAGCAGCAGCAGCAGCAACGUCAUCACAAUCAUCCUCAGCAGUGUUAACUACGAGGCUGCCACUUUCACGUUCGCCUGUGUCCGCCCACCGCCCUCUCUCCCGAGUGCUUGACCUCUGCUGCUACAGCGGCGGCUUCGCCAUCAAUGCUGCUCUUGCCGGUGCUGCUGACGUCACAGCUGUGGACUCCUCCCCUGCGGCGCUCUCCCUGGCGGCAGCCAACGUGGCGCUCAACGGCCUGCCGCCCUCCGCGGUGCGCUUUGAGCAUGCCGACAUCACUGCCUUCAUGCAGCGGGCUGUGGCGCAGCAGCAGCACUGGGACCUUGUCGUCCUCGACCCGCCCAAGCUUGCUCCCACUCGCAAGUCCCUCCCCCGAGCGCUGCACCGGUACCGGCGGCUCAACAGCCUGGCGCUGCGCCUGGUGGCCCCUGGAGGGCUGCUCAUGACGUGCUCGUGCUCCGGUGCUGUCUCACAGCAGCACCUGCUGCCGGGCAUCCUCAGGGAAGCGGCAGCAGCAGCGGGGCGGCAAGUGACGGUGGUGCGGGAGGCGGGUGCCGCGCCAUGCCACCCCAUCGACCCCGCAUGCCCUGAAAGCACCUACCUCACCAACCUCCUUGCCUUUGUGCACUGA